CUUGAAAAUGCCAGAAUUUGUUGAAGUAAAUAUCAAACAUGAAAAGCAAAAACUUCUUUAUUUGGAAUUUGUGCGUGUGUGCGUAAUGUGUUUGUCGCCGUAAAUUUUUCCCUUGCUUCGUAAAUUCGGGCGUUCGUUUGUUCGCCGCGGUACUUGAAAACGACAAAGAAAAAACCACAAAAGAGCCAUCUCAUUGGUUGGUUUAUAUGUGUGUUUGCUGUAUAUGAAAUAAAGGAUGAAUACACCGAUCUUAAACCUGACUGCGGCAUUGAGUGUAUAUCGUCCAGCCCCAAGAAGGUGAAAGGAGCAUCAAUAUAACCGACCUUCCGCCAAGUUACCAAGUUUCGUAUCUUUGGUAACCUUGUUAUUCAGAUUUCAACUUCUUCGAACCUAAGCCUUUUACGGUAUGAUGAAUACGGCAGCAGGCGUAUGCGUUUUUCUGCACUCAAUUAGUGUCAAGUAGUCAUCCAUCACAUCACACCGAGCAACAAUUAUUUUAUUAUGCAACUUGAAGGACAGCUAAAGAAGUCAGCAGACGCAAUGUGCAAACUUUUUUGAAAAGAAAAAAGAAUCAAAACGAAAAGUAACAGAACUAAAAAUAUCCAAGAAAACUAAAAGUGAGUGAGAGUGUAGUGAAGUGUUUUUAAAUAAAACAAAAAAAAAUAUAUAUAUAUCGCCUUUGGUGCGGUGUUUAAAUGACACCAACAAAGCCAAGAAAAUAGAAAAUCUAAAUCUUUUAAUGGAGACACAGACAUCGUUUUACUCAAAGCCAUCAUCAUCAUCAUCAUCAUCAUUGCCGCCACCAUCAGCCACAGCACUAUCAUUAUUCGAAUCGGACAAUAAUCGCCAGAGACAACAAAUAAAGUGCAACAUGUUGUUAGAGCUUAACACUAUCAAAACUUACAAUAGCAACGUAAUAGCUGCUGCAGACAACCCAAGCAUUUACUGCAACAACAUCAGCAAUUACACAGACAUUUCGUGUAACCAUAGCUCCAAUGAUGGUGGUGGGUGUAUGUCAGACUCCAGCUGCUUGAACUCCGCCUGCCUAGCUUGUUCCAUUUCAGCAGAUUGUUGUCACUCGCAUUAUUCUGCUACUAGUCUAAAAAUGCCGUCAAAAGGCGGCGGUGGUGGAGUUGGCUGUUGUUCCUCACCCUCCACCUCCUCGUCUGGCAACACCAUAGUCAUGUCGACGUCAUCACCCAUGCAGCAGGACAUCUCUAAUUAUAUGCAGUGUGCAAAUCUUAGAAAUACAAGCAACAUAUACAACAACAACAACAACAACCAGAAGAGCAUCACAUCAUCAGCAUCAACAACAACAACAACAGCAUCGGUGGCAGGCAGCUGCUUGAACAGCAGCAGCAACAAUGACAGUGAUUAUAAUGUCGCCAUCAGAGAGUGUAACACAAGAAACGAAAACAUCAUUUUGACCAUCAACAGCAACAACAACAAGUGCAUUGAUGAUAGCAGUGCAUGUGGUGAUGGUGAAUGCAACAGUUUCCCAUGGCCAACAUACUCGAAUAUCAGCCACACUUUAAAUGGCCUCAUCAAGUAUGCCAUUAUUUUGAUAUUCUUGGCAAUGUGCGAUACUACACAGGCUGCUUUGAGCAACGUCAAUUUGUUUGUCGAACCACCCGCCGUGAGACGCAGCCAAUCGGUAACUUUACGCUGCCAAUAUUCACUGGAGGGGGCCCCUUUGUACUCUGUGAAAUUUUAUCGUGGUCAAUUGGAAUUCUUUCGCUAUACACCUGAUGAAUAUCCCAAUACAAAAGUUUUUCCAUAUCCUGGCAUAAAAGUUGAUGAAAGCGUUUCGAAUGCCACUCAAGUUGUUAUACGCAAUGUGAACUUUGGUUUAUCUGGAAAUUUUUCCUGUGAAGUUACUGCCGAUGCUCCAUUAUUUUCAACAGCCACAGCAUAUGCUCAGAUGCAAGUUGUCGAAUUUCCUGAUAAACGACCCCAACUAUUUACGGAGCACACACGAUACGAGCCGGGUGAUGUAUUGCGUGCGAACUGUAGUACGCCACCAUCUCGUCCAAGAGCUGAAUUGAGAUUUACGAUAAACAAUAUACCGGUAUCUUCGGAGGAAACGCAAUACAUUAGAACAGUUGACAAUUUAAUUGCGUCGAGACUGAGUCUGAAAGUGCAAUUGCAGGCUGUACACUUUGCUGCUGCUGCAGCUCCGGGUGCCAAUGCUGGUAACAGUAAUUCACACAUGAUGAAUGCCCUGGGUCCUGCUGGAACAACAUAUACCGGAGCUGGCGGCUCUGGUACUAGUGCCGCUGGGGGUGCUCUGCUGCUGCGUUGUACGGCACAAAUUGCUGAUUUGUAUCAGGAAUAUAAAGAAAUUGAAUUAGGAACACCACAAAGGGAUCCAGUACCGGCCAGAGUUACAUCGUCUGGUGGAGGUCUUCAGGGAUUUCUGGACGCUUAUUUUGGGCCUAGUUCGAGUGCAAUACCCCAAGCUAAAAUGUCAAUCUCCAGUUGUUUUUUGCUUACUUGCAUCUUAAUAAUACACACCAUGGUAUAUGGCAGAAGAUAGUUUAUUCAAUAGAGCUAAAGCAACACAACAGUGUUAAAACAGUAAAACUAAUUGAACUAUUGUAAAAUAAAUUUAUGCAUAACAUUAAGAUAAUUUUACACAAACAUUAAAAUACAUAUAAAUAAAUGAACAAAAAAAAAAAAAAAGAAAUUGAUAAAUACCAUCAGCCUAAUUAGAUUUUAAAAUAGUAUGGAAAUAUUUUGUAAGCAAAAUGAAUGCAUAGCAAGGAAAAAAAUAGAAAAAUUAUGGGCUAGCAAAAAAAAAUACAAUUUUUAUCAUAAAUUAAACAUAAAACGAAACAAAUAUUUGAAUUCCCUCCUUCCAAAGAAGAAAAAAAAAGAAAAAAUAAACCUACACACAAAUAAACCUACCUACUUAUAAUCAUUAUUUAUGAAACAUGCUUAUUUAGAUAAAUACUAGUCCUUAAUAGAGUAAGUAGUUAAGGAUUGUUUGUUUACACAACCACAUUGACUCUGACUAGGCCGACCCGCCAGUGCAACAAAACCUUAAAAAAAGCAUAGCAAAAAAAAAAAAAAAAAACAACUGAAAAAGGCUUAAAGCAAUGGUGGGGCUUAUUCCAAGUACCAUGUUAAUUGAAGUGUAUACUUAUCCGUACUUAGUAUUGUUUUUAUUAUAAUUUGUAUGAUAUGAAAUAUUUAUUAUUUACACAUGAUUAACGCGAAAAAAUUAUCAUCGACAUUUUGUAAAUAAUUACCCAUUUUUGCAUUCGCAUAAAAACCAGCAAAGCACUCUCUUACUCACUAAACACUCUAUUAUAGAUAACAUAAUAUUUAAUGCUUAACAAGUUGUGUAACCCAGCAAACAUUUUCAUCGAUUUUAAGAAAAAAAAGGAUUAUUAUUUCCCAUGGCAACGAGUUAUUGUUGUCAUAAAAUUUUAAAUGCAAUGGAGAAGAAAAGCCAUUACGCUACACGUUUUGCGAUGGCAGAGCCUCGCCAGGCAUAGUAUAUAUACAUAUUCUUACAGCUGUAACAGCAACUCGGUUCUAUAUGAGGAGGUUGUAAGCCGAUCUUCAAGCUAAAUACCCAGAUCCUUCUAUAUUUUCGGUGAGUUCCCCUAACUACCCGUCGCACAGUGUUGCCCAGGUUGACAUAUGAUUUGGACCGUACUUGGCACAGUUGUUGUAAGUCACCACAUGCAAAAUGCAUUCGAAAUCGGACAAAAAAUGCGGCUUGUAAAGACUCAAGAAGUCAAAUCAGAAGAUCAGUUUAUAAGGGAGCUAUAUCAGGUUAUAGACCGAUUUCGACCGUACUUGGCAUAGUUGUUGGGAGUCGUAACAGAACACUAUGUGCAAAAUUUCUUCCAAACCGGACAAUAUUCGUGGCUUCCAGGGGCUCAAAAAGUCAAAUCGGGAGAUCGGUUUAUUUGGGA